AUGAGUGCCUCAGUACAAAAACAAUCUUCCAAGCCUCAGAUUUUACAGCGAAUCAAUAGGCUCAAAGAGCUGAAAGAUCAGGCUUUACGAGAGAAUUCCAAAGAGUUGCAACGAGAAGCGCAAAGGAUCAAGGAGACCCAGAAAGCGAAAGCAGCCUUGUCACAAGUAAAGGCUCAAGAAGAAGCACAGCAGGAAGAAUUAAGACGCCAGAACAUCGACGUCGAUCGCAUAAAAAGACGUGAAUAUACUAUAGAACAAGAUGAGGCUUGGAACGAGAAGCUGAAGAGCAACAAAACAGCAGCCGAAGACCGCGAGUUCCAGAACUUCAAACAACUUGCUCGUCGAACUUACUCAAAGGAACUCAAGAAUCUGGAUACAAUCAACACAAAACAAUACGAAGCCCAGAAACAAUUGUAUCAUGAUUUGAAACAACAAGGGAAAUCUGAGGCGGACAUUAUCAGCUCGUUGACGGACCGAGCUAAGCUGAAUGCGAUGGUGAUUCAAUUGAAAGAGCGUGAAACAAACACAGUCAAAAGACGCAAGCUCACGGAAGACAACCAGAAUUCAAUUAAUGAGAAAAACAAACAAUUCAACGACAAACUGAACAGACACUACGACGAGUAUCUGAGCGAUCUUAAGGAUAAUAUUAAACGAGGCUCGUCUACGUGA